GUCCUGUAGCAGGAAUAUUUCCGCCUCACUUCUAAUCCAGUAGACAUUUGAUAAAAGGCAUCUGGUCUUUUCCUAUGUCACAGACUGUACAAUGUAACCUUCUUUUGUAAAAACGGUGAAAUGAUUUGAGGGAAUUUGGCUGUUAUCUCUAGGUUGAGCGACUAAGUAGAGGGCCUGUCGUUGACCGGAGGAGUUUAUGUUUUGCUGGGAACAUGAUUGCUACUACACCGCCGGUCGCAACGAAACAUUUCCCACGUUGCCUUCAAGCAUGGCUGAUAAUAUUUACGUUCAAGCGGCUGAUAUUUUCACCAAUGCUUUAGCUAAGAAAGCUCACGUCAAGUCUCUUGUUUAUGCGUCAAAAUAUCCAAAUAAGAAGAAGCUCUAUGCUUUAGUUUGUCAAGGUUUAAAAUACCAAAACAUUCUUCAUGAAAUAGCAACUUCUCUGAAUAUUCUGAAAAAUGAGACUUACGCCUUACGACAAAAUAUGCCACUUUUACAAUUGCUGCUGUAUGAUAAAAUUUUUGGUAAAGGCAUCUGUGGUUCCAGACGGUUUAAAAAUGUUAUGAGGAAAUAUCGAGACAAAAUCAAUAACCACUGUGAAUUGUUAAUAAAAGAAAAAGGUCUUGAUAAUGUGAAAGAAUUACUGACCUACGAUAAUGAAAAUGGUAUGUUGGACAUGUUAUGCUUCUUUUUAUAUGUAUGUCAUUAUUAUUGUUUUUUUAAAGACCUUGUUGAAGGUACCACACAGUGUGAUUGGACAGAGAACCAUGUUUAUACCACACAAGUUUGUUUAAUUUUUACUAGUUCUGCUCUUAUACUCUCGCUUAUCUUGCUGAUUUUCAGGUUUGUUAAUGCCGUAGAAUUUAUGAAUUCUGGUGAAUUUCUGCGAGAUCUUCACAUCCCUUCACUCCUGGUUUUUCCAGCUGGUUCUGAAUUCCAUGAACAUCCAUUGUAUUUGUCUGGGGAAAUAGUUUUGCAAGAAAAAGAAAUUCCAACUUUUCCUCGUUUUUCUUUGGAUGUGGACUUUAGAAUUCAUUUUGUGUUGUUUUCUAUCUCCUUUUCUCCAGGCAUAAUUUCCAGAAUGGACAAUGUACUUGACAGUAAUCCUACAACCAAUGACCGCUUACAGAAACUGUAUUUUAUUCAGAGAAAGUUACUGAUACAUGCACUCAGCUUCCCCAGUGUUAAAAGAGUCGUUUAUUCCACAUGUUCUGUCUUCCCAGAAGAAAAUGAACAAGUCAUUGAUACAGUCUUUCAAAUGUUCCAGAAGGAAUAUUGCCUGAAGGAAAUUAUGCCAGAUUUUCCUCACCGUGGCUUAGAGGGAUAUCAGAGUUCUAAGUAUUGUCUACGGUUUGCAUCAAAUAUUGAUAAAACUAAUGGUUUCUUUGUGGCUUGUUUUGUAAGACGUGAUCUGUCAUUAGUUGAGUCCAACCCUGAACAACUCUAAAUGGAAACUAUAAACUGAUAACUCAUCAAACCGAAAACGUUGCUCAUUCUGAAACAUCAACCAUAAAAUAUAUCAUCAUCAUCAUCAUCAUUAUCAUCGUUUUUCUAAUACAUUCUAAUCUUCUAAUAUAAUAAUGAGUUUAGUGUUUUUAUAUAUUUGUAUUUAUCUUAUCUAUACUAUAUAUAAAACAGAGAUGUGUGUGUAAUCGCUUUUCACGUGAAAUCGACUUCACCAAAUGCUUCCAUACUUGUAAUGUGUGAAUAAUUUGACCUCGGAUAAAUCUUAGGCUCUUCAUUUGAUUUUUUUAAUUAAAAAUACAUAAUAUUGCUUUA